AUGGACACAGUCGUCAGCUCCACCAUCUCGGAGCCUUUAGAUCUCGUUAAACUCGCUCUUGGAGAACGAGUCUUGAUCAAGCUCAGAGGUGACAGAAUUGUCACAGGUGUCCUUCACGCCCACGAUCCUCAUAUGAAUGUUGUCGUGUCGCAAGCGGAAGAGUCCAUCUAUAUCGUUGAUGUCACCGAGGACGGACAACCGUUACCACCAAGAUUAGAGAAGCGAAACUUUGAGAUGCUGUUUGUGAGAGGGGAUGGUGUCAUUCUUCUUUCACCAGUCGAACAGUAA